GGGCACUCUUGCUUUGAAUAUAGUUUUAUACACAUAAUGCUUGUUACAACCUGUUUACCAAGUUCUGUAAAGUUAUUGAAACAGUUGAUUGAUGCACAAUGUUUAAGUAACAUUUUCAUAUUGUAAGAUGGGUGCUUAUUAAAGGAGAAGUCUUUAAAGUUCUGCCACUUUUCAAUAAUAUUUUAAUAUCUCAAUAAUGUACUGACAGAAAAUUUCUGACUUUGUUAACCUUUAUUUAAACAUGUACAGGAGAAAAAAAUUUAUAAAGCAUCUCAUUCCUAGCACUUUUUACCAUAUAUUAUUUUCAUAAAGAUCUCAAGAGCGUAAAUUAUUGUUGUAUAUUUUAUGUAAGCGUUAUAGCUAUAUAGUUAGUCUGUAACUAAUACUAUUGUCCCAGCAUGCAAAUAUUUAAAAUAACCUAUACAGAUUUUAUUAUUAGAAUGUUUUGUUAAAUGAUGCAUUUAUCUAUCAUUCCAUUUACACCAACAUUUUUAAGUUACAACUAGUGCAGCUGAGCUCAUUUAUAUAAGUAGUCUUUUUAAAAGAUUGGCUUUAAAGAGAUAAAUCUGCUUAAGGAGAUAUAUCUUAUUUUCCUGAAUUUAAAUGGUGUUACUAAGCUAAAUAAUAUAAUAAGAAUGGUUGGUUAUAACAGAUCUUUUUUGUGUUGCUUUUAUUUGAUUUUUCAGCAUGAGGAUAAAAAACGGGGAGCUAAAGCUCUGGGGUCAAAAUCUGGUCCUAAAGGAGACAAUGUUGCUGGAGAGAAAACAAUUGAGGCAAAAAAGAAAGGAAAAUUACAGAGGCUGGACGUUGGUCCACCACGAAAAGUGAAUGAAAAAAAUGGACAUGAGAAGAUAAAUAGCCAGCAUGGACUUGAAGAUGUUCCACUACCAGAUGUAGACAUUCCCUUGCCACCACAGAAGCAAGAUGACAACAAAGACGGAAAACAAAAUUCAAAAGAAGGUGCUGCAGUUAAUAAUGACAAAGAUGAUGAGAGCAAAAGUGGAGUUGUUUCAUUUUCAUUCAAGAAAACUGGUACUAAAUUGGGAAAUACUGCUUUUAAUACAGCACAGGAGGAAGAUGAUAAACAAGAGACAGAAUCAGAUGUAAAAAUAGAAAAACCAAAGAAAAUUUUGAGUGCAUUUACAAAAGUGAAAAAUAAAGAUGGAACAAUGGAAUUAGAUUGGCCAUCAGAAAUGAUACAACUUACCACCACACAGCCAGUUAUAACAUUUAGCUGUAACCCUCUUAUGUUUGACUUUACAGCAUUGUUUUCUAAGCAAAGUGUUAUGUCAGAGCGAUUGAAAAUUUUAACGGAGGAAGAUAAAAAAGAGGAAAUGAAUGAUAAGUCAGUGAAUUCCAUUGAUACUGAAGCAGUAGAAAUAUCGAAGAGUACAGAAGUAAACGAUUCCCAGGAUAAAAUUGUAAAUGAUGUUGCUAGUUCUAAUUCUAAAAGCAAAACAAAAAAGAAAAAGAAAAGGAAACGUAAAAAACAUCAUAAGGAAAUAAAAGCUGACAAGACAGAGGAUAGUGAAAAGAAAAAGAAAAAGAAAAAACAUAAACAUAAUCAUGAUAAGGAUGAUAAGGAAGAAAAUAAGGAAAAUAAAGAAAGCUCGUCAAAAAAGCGUACCUAUAGAAAAAGGACAGCUGAUACAAUUGCAGAAUCUGGAAACGAGUCUGAUGGUAAAAAAGCAAUUAAGCAUAAAAAACGGAAAAAAUCUAAAAAGUCAAAGAAAAAGAAGAAGCAGCCAGAAGACAAAAUUGAAAAUAAAAAGAGUAGUGAGAAAACACCAAAGAAAAGCAAAGCGAAAAAGUCAUCAAAUGUAUUAGAGCAUUUAAUUGAUGAAGUCGAUGGAACUGAUAUCAAGAUUAAGAAGGAAAAUUCCACUGAUGACAAAAAUCCAGUGAAAAAACUGAAUAUGAAACCUACUACGGAAACUGAAAUUAAACAAAUUGCAAAAGUUACAGUAAAUGAAACGAAAGUAACUCCUAGUGCUAUAAACUCUGUUAAAGUUGAAACAAAGGAGUCUGGAUCUUUAUCUUCAAGAAAAAGACAAACCAGUGAAUCUAGUCAUAGUGAAGCUACUCCUAGCUCGUCAAAGAAACAGAAGCUAACCCCUCGUCUUUCAAAAGAAUCAGAGAAAUCCGCAACAGCCAAACAAGAAGACACAUGGAGCAAACUCGAACAUAUUUAUGAACCUAAAAUGGAGGAAAACCCAAAAUCUAAAUGGGAUACUAGUGACAGUGAUAGUGAAAAUAAAAUGGAUGCAACAACGAAACAGAAAAAGUUAACAAAAAAGACAACAGAUACAACUGUGAAGAAAGAAAAAACUUCACCUACUGCAAAAACUGUGGUCAAAACAGAGACUAGUUCAGAAGUUAAGAAAAAAUCCAAAAGUAAAAAAUAUAACUCGAGUGAAAGAAGCUGGACGCGAUCACGUUCAAGAUCUCGCCGAUCACGUCGUAGUUCAUACUCUCACAGUUCAAGUCGCUCACGUAGUCGUUCAUAUAGCACUUCAUCAUAUGACUCUCGUUCAAGAUCUAGUUCAUAUAGUAGGUCACGUUCUAGGUCCAGAAGAUAUCGGUCGAGCUCAUACAGCAGUUACUCUUCCGGUUACAGUCGUUCAAGAUCUCGCUCUUCAAGAAGUUAUUAUUCAAGAUCAAGAUCCCGGUACAGUUCUUACUCACGAAGUAGAAGUAGGUCAUCUCGAUAUUCUACUUCAAGGAGUAGAUCACGGUCUUAUUCAAGGUCUCCCUCAAGACAUAGUAAACGUUCCUACUCUCAUUCCUCUCAUUCUAGUCAUGCUAGUCAAGGAAGUUCAAAAGUUAUGAAUAGAAAACAAAGAAGAAAGAAAACAUUGAAACAAAAACAGACUGAGAUGAAAAAUAUAGACCCCACUAGUAUUCCAUUGCCAGAUCUUGGCACUGAUGACAAAUCAACAACAGAAAGUAGUGAAACCAAAACUGAAGAGAAACCAGAAAAUCCUGAUCCUAUGAGUAUACCAUUACCUCAUAUACCUACAAAAGAUGUGAAGGUAGAGAAAGUUGAGAAUGUCAGUCUUAUAACAGCACCUCCUCCUCCUCCACCAGGAGAGCAAACAGUUCAAAAUAUUCCUCCACCAGUCAUGCAGAACUUUAUGGCACCACCACCUCCUCCAGGUAUGAUGGGACCAAACCAUCAUCAUGGCAUGUAUCCUGGUAUGCAAUAUGAUCCUCGAAUGAGAAUGCCUCUUCCGCAUUAUCCAAAUAUGCCGCCACCAAAUUUUGGUGGACACUAUCAUGGUCAUCCACCAUAUUCACAGGAUGUUGCAAAAUCAAGGUCGCCACCACCACUUCCACCUCCAAGGUCACCAUCUCCUCAGCGUCCACCUCCACCAACAGAGGAGGAAGAGAAAAAGGAAGUUGAAGCAAUGUCCAUGGAUAUUCCAGCCGAUCAAGCUGAAAGAUUUCAAAAGUUACAAAAACAAGCUCAGAAGCAUGCUAUGAGAUCAUUGAAAAGACAAAUGAGACAGUUAAAGGGAGAGAAUCCAAGUGACUCUUCCUCAUCUUCAGAGGAGGAAGAAGAAAAACCUGCAAGUCUGCAGGGUGAAGAAUUAGAAGAAGAUAUUCAAUUAAUGCCCAUCAUGUCACCAUCUCUUACUAUGGGACAGCCAACUUACAUAUUGGCUCAACCAAAUCAGACAAGUAGUCCUCUCGCUCAUCAAAUUGUAGUAGGGAGUGAUGGAAGACAGUUUAUUAUACCAGCUGUAUCUGCCAAUAACUUUGCAGGUGUACCCAUACAAGCAGGUGCACCUAUGUUUGCCAUGCCUGGAGCCCAUCACUCAGCCCAGCCAUCAAUGUUAACUUUGACUCCUGGAGCAGGAGCCACACCAGCUCAUCUUACGGGUGCUGUUCAGUCCCCAUUCUUGACAGGAGGAAUACCUCUUGGAGCAUCAUCAAUUUUACCUGGACAUCAUCCUUUAUUUCAUUCACAGUUGGCUCAUUCACAGUUGGCUCAUUCACAGCUGGCUCAUUCACAAUUAGCUCAUUCACAGCUGAGUGGUUUACAACAGUUGAUGCCAUCAUCCAUGUCAUCAGCCUUUGGAGGACAUGGACCUAUUGUCGUAGGCAAUCAAAUACUUAUACCUCGUUUAAUUAGGCCCACAUUAUAAAACUAAUUGAUAUGUGAUAGACUUGUAAAUUGUGAAUAUAUUUAAAAUAGUGAUAUCUGACUACGAAGUUUUCAUAUAAAUUUGAAAACCAUAAAAAAAAAUUGAUGGUGUUGCAAAAUGUUCAUUUUAAGGAACUUUAAAUGUUUUUCUGAAUACAAAUGUAUUUCAUUUCUGUAUGUUACAGAGUUGGAAAAGAACAAAGCUCGUUCAAUGUUAGACAUUGGAAAAAAUUGGUCUUUUACUCUGUUAGUUUGAAUUUUGCUUUAUUACUUCUAUAUUACUAUUGAACUUUUAAUGGGUUUUGCAUUAAGUUGGAGCUUUUGAGGGGUUUUUGUUUAAUUUUGUUCCAAUUGUUUCAAGUGCUAUAAUUUUAAGAAACUAUUUAAUUUGAUUUUUGUAUUUAAAUUGUAAAUUUAAAUGAAUUUUAAAUACAUUGUGUAGUUGUGUGAAAAAAGCCAAAACUCAUUUGAUAUGAAUUUUAAGUAUUGUGCUUUGAAAAUUUCAAAAUGUGUGAAAUUUUUUGUCUAAAUUUGUAGAAAAUGUCAGGAUUUCUUUCCUUUGAAUUUUUUAAAGAAAUUCUUCAAUUAUUUGAAUUUUUGUUUUUAAUUUAAGGAGCAUGUAUCGUUAAUAUUUAAGAGAUGGGAAAAUAGAUUGGUGGAUGUUGUAUAAAAAACACUCGUUUUGUAAUAUUUUUGUUGGUAAAUUAUUUAAAAUGUUGAUUGUUGUAGUUGUACAAAUUCAUCUAUGCAAAUGUCGUAUAUACUGAUGCAGUCGAAAAGAAUGUUCAAAUACAGUCUGUUAUUCAAUUUUUAAUCCCUUGUGAAUUUUUAAGAAUUAAAACAAAAAAAUUUUCACAAAUAAAAUUUUCUAAAAAAUUAUUAAGAGUAAAUUUUGAUAAAUAUUAAUCAAUUAAUUCCAUUUUUUUCUUCAGAUUAAUAAUUUAAUUUUUGUUGGUAAUAUGAUGAGAAUCCAUGAUUUUAUUUGAUCUGUUUGUUAAUCAGUCGACUGUAUUGGUGACAGAAUACUGGUAACCAUUCCAGUAAUUUUUGUUGGCAAUAAAUUAUUUUUUAUGCAUUUGAACCUUUGCAGAUUGUUCUUUUAAAAGAUGAGCAAGUCUUAGUCAGCACUUUUAAUGACAUUAGAGACUUAACAAUGGAUUUAUGAUAAAGACUGUUCAUUUGAUUCAUAUAGAAUAUCUGUAUAAGUUUAGUGAUAAAACAACAAGUUUCAGUUAUUAAUGAUUUGUGUGAUUGUGGUAUGAAUAAUGAAUUUUAAUUUGUUAAUAAUUAUAAUUUGUUUGUUGACCUUUAAGGAAUGUGCAGACUGUUCUCCUAGUAAGGAGUUGAAAGUUAUAAGGAGUAAAAUAAACAUAAACAUGUGA